AUGGAUGUGAAGGGCAAAAUUGUUGAGUGUGAGGAUGUGGACAAAUAUGAAUACGUGCCCCCCGAAGGGGGAUGGGGGUACAUGGUCUGCGUCGGGCUGUCUGUCAUCUUUAUUGCCGGCACAGCACACCAGCCAGUAUUCGGCUUUAUAUACAACGACUUUUUGGAUGAACUAGGAGUGGGCACAGCGGCAGUCACAGUCGUAUUUGGAGUAUUUCAAGUCACAUUAGCUGUAGCAGGAUUCUCAGCAAACAUAGCUUUAAAGAAACUAUCUUUAAGACAAGUCGGUUUAAUAGGAGCCUGUAUUUAUACCCUAGCGUCAUUCUUAGCCAUAUUUGCAGUAUCUACGACACAGCUGAUUUUAACAAAUGGCCUUCUACAUGGCUUGGGAAUGGGCCUCCUCAUACCUGUCUCCUACACAAGUUUCAACAGUUAUUUUACAAAGAAAAAAGUACUCUAUCUUAGUUUAUGUAAGGCUUCAAUUGGAAUGAUAACGAUGUUCUACCCGUUGUUUAUCAAGUUUACGAUGACGGAGUAUGGGUUUAGAGGCACUCUUGCUAUUCUUUGUGGAAUAUCAGCGCAUAGUAUAUUUGGAGCGUUAGUGAUGCAUCCAGUUAAGUGGCACUUGGUGAAGCAACCAAAACCCUGCGAGAAAAUCGUUUUAAUACCACCGACACCCGCCAAAGAAGACAACAAAGAUAAUAAGUUCGAUUUCACGAAGACCUUACCGCGAAUCGAUUCAUCAGAAAAUGCGAGAUCUGUCGAGAAUUUGUAUCGAAUCAAUCGAUUGGAAAAUCCCCAGAAAGGAGCAGAAUUACUAUUUGUGUCGAAAUUAAGCGAUUCCAGACGAUUAAGCAUACCAGUUGUCUUGAUCCCAGCUGAUGGAAGAAUCGAUAGUAGUUUCGAUACGAGUGACCAUGUGUAUCGAGAGAAUUUGUUCAAAGCUGCGUCUGUAUCGAGUUUGGGUAACUUCGGGAAUAUUGCUGCGGAACCCAUGCCAAUAAUAAAGAACAAAGAAGGAAAAUGGCAAACAAUAUCGGAAUUCCUCGACUUAUCUCUCCUGAAAGACUUGGUCUACGUUAAUAUUAUAUUUGGGCUGGCAUUAACCUUCUUUUCCGACCUCACAUUCUUUACUCUAGAGCCACUAUUUUUGGACAAAAAACAUCUAAGCAAGCCUGAAAUAGCAACAAUAAUAGCAGUCGGGGGAGCGACAGACAUGUCGGCGCGUCUGUUCCUGGGCGUGGCUGGACAAUUCUUCAGGAUGAACAGCAGAUACAUGUUCUUCUGUGGCGCCUUAUUUACAGCCAUCUUCAGAUUUGUUUUCAUCCACUUUACAACUUACGUACCACUUCUGAUCCUGACUGGUGUGCUUGGUUCCUUGAGAUCUCUAGUCCAUAUUGCCCAGCCAAUAGUGUUAGCGGAAUAUGUGCCUAUUGAGAGGUAUCCACCGGCUUACGGACUUUAUAUGCUGUUGGCAGGAGCCAUCAGUUUAAGCGUUGGACCUAUGAUCGGCUUUGUACGAGACUACACAGGCAGUUAUGCCAUAGCUUUCAACAUGUUAACAGUCUGCAAUCUGCUUUGCGUGCUACCGUGGGCAGUUGAAGGUGUAAUCAAAUACAGGAAGAAUAGAAACACAGCCAAUAAUCCACCAAAGACAUAA